GUGGUAGGCUGACGGUAGAGUUGCCAUUGGUCACGUUAGCUUAGAAUUCUCGGAUUUGUUGUCGGUGUAUCGCUUCCCUGAAAUUGGUCUCAUUCAGGUACCAGACUCUGAGCUUUGUACGUCCACAGAUUAACGAUGGUGGCGUUGCUGUAUACAAUACUGAUAUGCACAGUGGCUGUUGUGCUGAGUACCCCGGCCAGCAACGAGAAAUGGAAGUUAAUGGGGAAGCUGCUGACUGACGCUGAACCUGAAACGCCAGCACUCGAUGACUUGUUGAAGCAGGCGUUGCCAACCCCCCUUGGAGACCCCAUGUGUGCAAACAUACACCACACCUGGAAAGCGAUGCCAUUCGAGAUGAAAGAAAAGGUCAGCGACCUCGGAACCUCUUAUCCGAAGCAGGGAUUUUCCAGGCCUUGUUAUUGGUCUUGGAACACACAGCCUGGUGGAUGCCCUCCAUUUGGCACUUACAAACCACGGAAAAGUAUUUGUUACCGCACAAGGCACUAUGCUGUCUUCGGAAAGAGGCGCUACUGUUGCGCCCCAACACUCGGCAAGCCUCCAAUACUGGAAAUACGGUUAGGACAGAUAAGGUGUAGGUGUUAAUCCUUUGGCACUGCGCACAGUCGCUCUUCAUGGUGUAAUAAAAAAGAAAUUGCUCAA